AUGUGCGCUUUGGUGACCGGCGGAAUAACGUCGGGAGUCGAGUUCUCCUGGUUCAAGGAUGGCAAAGUCCUCACACUCGACGACCGCGUCAAGAUCCGAUCGUUCCCCGACAUGUCUACAUUGGUCGUGGAUUCCCUGAGGCAAGAGGAUUCGGGAAAUUACACUUGCAUGGGAAGACUCGAAAACCGGAAAGAUUCCCACACUGCAGAGUUGCGUGUUCUCGGCACUCUGCUCAGUGCUGCACCUGGAUCAAAGCUAGAGUUCCUAAGAACAUCGAAAGCGGAUGCCGGAACAUACAAGUGCACCGCAGACAACGGCCUUCGGGAGCCACUCACUAAAGAAGUCCGUGUCUCUGUAUACGUUCCUCCAAGCUGGGUCGAACAACCAGAAGACACGAUAAGAGUUAUGGAAGGAGCAAAUUUUACCAUUCCUUGCCAAGCAAAGGGAAAGCCGCAGCCUACUGUGGCUGUCAAGAAAGAAGGAUCCCUGCAACUCCAGCCAUUCUCCUUUCCCAGCAACGCUGUCGUUGGAAACACGGUCACUGUGACGUGCACCACGAUCAGCCGCACGGCUAACGUCAACUUCCAGUGGCUAAAAGAUGGCAAAGCGCUUGUGAAGAGCUCCAAAGUGGAGAUAGUGCACCAUCCGCUGUUCAGCACACUCGUCAUUGGGCCGACAACUAAGGAAGACAGUGGGAAUUACACCUGCGUCGGAAACAUCGGUCAAGAAACGCACAGCCACUCACACCGACUCAAUAUCCUAGCCCCUCCCGAAUGGGUCGUGGAGCCAGUGGAUGUGAAGCUGCAUCAAGGUGCAAAUGCUACGGUCCCCUGUGAAGCUACUGGAAAUCCUACUCCAUCUGUCAAAUGGAAGCUCACCAGCAAACAUGGUGGCAACAAGGAGACGACAGCAGCCGGCAAGAACGACCUGAAGAUAUCAAAUGCUUCCAAGUUGGACGCGGGGUCAUACGAGUGCACUGCAGACAACGAAGUCUCAGAGGCAAUCGUUAAAACCAUCGCGAUCUCAAUUUACGGAUUCGGGGAGGCCCUCAGGGUGCAACCUUUCACAUUUCCACAAAACGUCGUGGAAGGUUCGAGAGUCAGCGCGACCUGUUCCCUGAUGAGCAUUUCCGACGGAACCCGCUUCAGAUGGAUGAAGAAUGGCAAACAGAUCAGCGACGACCCGCAAGGACGGGUCAAGACAAGAACGGAAGCCGACUUCUCCAUGAUAACCAUUGGAGCAGUGCGUCAAGAAGACAGCGGAAACUACAGUUGUACGGCGGUGUCUAAGGGAAAGUCUGACACAUACUCGGCCAGCCUUAAUGUCUACGGGCGCAUCAACGUGGUGCCCUUUUACAUACCGGACAAAGUCAUGCUUGGAGAUACGGUGAAAGUUGUGUGCUACACAAACACGGAGCAAACGCCUUUGUCGUUCAAGUGGAUGAAGGACGACAAAUUACUGGCCGCCGAUGAGAACGUCCGCAUAAAGACGCAAGCCGACCUGUCGACGAUGAUUCUGGGCCCUGUAAAACCUGUUCACCGAGGAAACUACACCUGUCAAGUAUUCACGCCAGAAUCUAGCGGAUCGUACACGGCUACACUAGUAGUAUACGGGUCAACGAAGAAGCCUCUUGAUGUAACACGCGACGGAAGCCUUCAGCUUACGAACAUCCGGAAAGAAGACCAAGGAAUUUACUCCUGCCGUGCGAGCAACGAAGUCGGGAAUUCCCUGGAGAAAGCCAUAACGCUGACUGUCACUGUUCCCGCUCGGUUCGAGGAGAAGUUCAAGGUGCAAACUGUUCGUCGCGGAGAAGCGGCGACACUUCAAUGCCAGGCUCUAGGAGAUUCACCGCUGGAGAUCACCUGGUCCCAAGACAAGAAGCGACUCAUAUUCGCUCCAGUGACAAGGUACGAAAAGUUCGAGUCGAACACGGAGAACGGCGUGACCUCGGAGCUAGUGAUUCCGACGACAGACAGGAGCGACGCGGCCCUCUACACCUGCGUCGCCAAAAAUGAGUACGGCAGCGACGAGAGAAACAUCAAGCUGCUCGUCGUCGAGGUCCCGUCUCAACCGCUGGACCUUCGUAUCCUGGAAGUCUGGAGCCGCAAAGUGAACGUCAUCUGGUCGGAGCCGUACAGUGGGAACAGCCCCAUCAACAACUACAUCGUCCACUACUGGAGGGACAAGGACGGCGCUCAUCGCCUCAUGGAGCAGAGCGUGCCGAGCAGCCAGACUUCGGCCAUGAUCAGCGAGCUUCAUCCGGGCGCUUCCUAUUCUCUCACCGUGACCGCCGAGAACGAAGUGGGUCAGGGUCCCCCCUCGGACCCGGUGCGCUUCCUCACCGCCGAAGAAGAGCCCGGUGGAUCACCAACCGACGUCUGGGCCGCCGCCAAGGGACCUACAUCCAUCGCCGUUUCGUGGAAGCCCCCACCACGAGACACCUGGAAUGGCGUGCUGAAGGGCUACUACGUGGGUUACCGGGCGGCCGACUCCAUCCAGCAGCCGUACUCGUUCAAGACGGUCGAGACGGUGGUCAACGGGUCUCAGGAAGUCACGCUCGUGGGUCUCACUAAGUCGUCGCGUUACAGCGUCAUCGUCAAGGCCUUCAACGCCAUCGGAAGCGGACCGCCCUCGGAAGCCCUGCUCGUACGCACGCUGGAUGGUGAUGUGCCACUUCCUCCGGCACUGACCCUGAUUUCCAGCACCGACUCAGCCUUCAAGGUGAAGUGGACUCGCUCGAAGGCCACCGUCGCUCCCGUUACAGGCUACACGCUGCACUACAAGAAGAACGCCGGUCCCUGGCAUCAUAUCCCGGUCGUGGCAUCAGAUGACACCAGCUACACGCUUACUGACCUAGACGGAGGUGCGACGUACAAGGUGUACCUCACUGCCUCCAACCAGUUUGGUCGCGGGUCCGGCAGCGAAGCCAUCAUCAUCAACACCACUAACCACGGACACGACCGUAAUUGGGUAUUCUACAAAGAUCCCUCUCUGCUGGUUCCUGCUGCAUCCUUCCUCAUUGCCGUCCUCGUCGUCAUCACCGUCGUCACCGUUUGCAUCAAGAAGACCAAAGCGCACAAGAACUUUGAGAAAUCGCUGGAAGCGGAGAAGCGCCAGAGCUACGGCGAGGUGACGCAGCAGCAGCAGCGCUACAUCGACGUCACAGAAAAGCGCAACCGCUCCGACUACGCCACCAUCCAGAGCCGGAGGAGCCUCUCCGGUAGCUACAAGAUCGAGGAACUACGCUCGGCGGCACCAAACAGGGGAUACAACACGACGGACGCCAAGGACAGGCGGCGCUCGUCUCUUCGCAAAAGCAGCGCCUCCUCCCACGUUUACGACAGCGCGGCGUGA